AUGCCAAGUUGCAGGGAGCGUUCAUGCGUUCCCCUUUCUUGCAAUAAGAUUAAUCUGGACCAGCCUAUUCGGACGGUGCAUGGGACGGACGGGCCUCAGCGCGGCUCGCGUGUGACCACCUGCUUUCCCCGCUGUCUAGGCUCCGUCCCCCCAGUGCACAGGAGCGCUUGCCACGGUCCUGAAGACGGCCAUGCGCCCCCGGUUUCUGACCGCGACCCCAGUGUGCCCCAGGCCGACGGGCAGCUGAACACGCCUGCUGACUGCGCAGCCCCCAGCGGGCCUGCAGACCCCGCCCCCUCGCACCAGGAUGCGCAGCUGGGACGGCCUGGCACGCUGACCCCGGAGCAGGCCGUAGCGUUCCCCACGGAGGAUGCUCAGGGACACUCUUCAGACCUACACGCUGGGGACAGCCUUGGAAGCUGGGGGCUCUGCAGCAGCCUGACGUCCGAGGGAGGAGUGGCGUCCCUGCUGCCUGGCGGGUCUGGACGCAGCGGGGCAGGACCGCUUGGCCAGGUGCCAGGCUCCUGCGAGAGUGGCCAGCGCGCCAGCCCCGGGGAGGCCCCUCCGCUGGGGGACGCCCUGUCUGUGCGCGUGGUGCCGGUGCACGCCGCCCGCAGCGCGGAGCCUGAGCCGGGGCCUCCGCUCUCCACACAAGGGGGUCUUGGGAGCCCUGCGGCGGACUCGGACCAGGCCCCCCACAGGACAGGGACACACGCUGACCAGAGAGGACUGGGGAGCACGGCGGCCGCGGGUGAAGCCGUGGUGUUGGGGAUCGCCGGCGGGUGCAGCGUGCCGCCUCGGGGGCCGGAGCAGACCCUUGUUCAGACUGCCGGCGGGCUUCUCCCGCCCCGCCCGGGCUCCGCGGUGUCCGGGCAGGAGGAGGUAGCCACACUGACCGAGGCGGAGGGGCCCGUCCUGCACACGUGCCCACCGGAGGGGGUCCUCACACAGCCGUGGAGGCAGCGCCCGCCCCGUGGGACCCAGUCGGAGCCGCAGUCCCGGCCGUGUGUGUGUUUUACCCGAGGAGGGUCGGCUUCGAGCGGCGCGUGUUGCUCCGACGGGAGCGCGGGCACAGACGAGCGUUUAUAAAGAGUGGCGCCUUCCCCUCGUGGCUGUGGCCGCGGCGCGGGUCACCGCGAGAGGAGUUUCUCCCACGUCUGGCUCCCGAAGCUGCUGGUGCGGCUCUGUCCCUGCCGCCCACGGGGACUCGAUGGUCCCCUUGCUCCUCGUGUAUGCUGUUGUCUCACCGCACUCGGUCCACGCUAGAAGCUUCUUCUGGGGUCAGUAAAA